AGCCACUAACGCCACAGACCUGGUAAAGCAGCUUGACGUGGUUUUUCAAACUGUUCACUCCCAUCGUGAGGAACAGAGACUUAAACGUCUGCUCUCCACAGACAUGGAGCGAAGUCUCUUACUCCUGCUCAUCUCAGGCCUCUACGCAUCAUGUUCAUGUCUCUCCCAUCAUUUUUACUAUGUGAACAUGAAUAAGAACUGGACUGAGGCACAGAGGUACUGCAGAGUGAAUUACGCUGAUCUGGCAACCUUCGAUGACAUGAAGGACAUGAAUGAGAUGCUGAAGACUUUAGGCACCAGUUAUAACAAAGUGGCCUGGAUUGGCCUGGAGAAAGGAAAACAGGGGAAAUGGCAGUGGUCCCUGGCAGACAGGGACUUUUACAGUGAUGGAGAGACUGAGUUCCGGAACUUGGAUAAGAAUUCGUCACAGGCUGUGAAAAAUGACUGUGCACUUAUGGUAAAUAAUGGUAAAUGGCAAUAUUGUGACUGCAACCAAAGAUUCUCAUUUAUGUGUUAUAACGGUACAGAUCCCAAGAACAGUCAAUACAUCCCAGUUAUAUUCAAUGUCACUUGGACAGACGCUCAGCGUAUCUGCAGAUAUUACUUUACAGACCUGGUCAGCAUACGGAACGAAAAUGAAAACGAGCUUUUACGCGAAGUCGCAGCAGGAGUGCCAAUGUGGAUCGGCUUGUUCAGCGAUACCUGGAAAUGGUCUGACAAUGGGAACUCUUCAUUCCGAUCGUGGAGAGCAGGCCAACCGGAUAAUUAUUUCGGGAUUGAGAACUGUGCCGUAUCAUGGUUGACGGAUAUGGAAAAGGGGAAAAUGGGUGACAGGCCAUGUAAUGAAAAACAUCCAUUUAUAUGUUACAGUGUUAUGAAACCCACGACUUCUCAACCCUCAACCAUGUUACUCACUUCUACUAUCCGCCCCAUGACUAAGCAAUCGAUCACCGUGCCCUCAACAGCCGUCAAGAAGAAUCAGACAACGGGGGGUGGUCAUGCGGCUGAUUCAAGCUGCUAGUCAAGCAUCUCCCCAUUAUCUGUUCAGGGCUCUUUUGCCUGCCUGCUCUCUUUACCUCUCACUUUUACACCUGUUGUAAUGGUCCUAUUUUCAUCAAUACCCAUUUCUCACUUAUCUGACUUAUAAAUGUUAUUUCUAUCUUACAUACAAUUUAAUAUGCAGAAUAUAGAAAUGAUUUGCUUGCAUGAGAAUCUUAUGUAUGUGUGAACAUAUUAAAAGCUUUAAUGAACUAAAAUAUAGCAUAUUUCCAUUCUUCUCAGUAUCUGCACAGUUAGCUCUUAAGUGUC